AUGAAACGACAGAAGAAAGGGAAGUCCAAAGAUGUGGAGAAGAUACCGGAGAUGGGGACUCAUCAAUUAGUUUCUUAUCACGAGAUUCAACGAGCAACAAAUAAUUUUGAUGAAUCCAAUUUAAUUGGUGAGGGAAGCUCUGGCUCUGUGUACAAAGGCACAUUGUUUGGUGGAACUGCAGUGGCUAUUAAGGUUCUCGAUUUGGAAAAUGAGCAAGUAUGCAAGAGGUUUGAUGACGAAUGUGAAGUGAUGAGAAAUGUUAGACACAAAAAUCUUGUUCCAUUGAUUACUACAUGUUCUAGUGACUAUAUAAGAGCCUUUGUUCUGCAAUUUAUGCCCAAUGGGAGUCUUGAGAAUUGGCUGUACAAAGAAGAUCGCCACUUGAACCUUCAUCAAAGAGUCACUGUAAUGCUUGAUGCAGCUAUGGCAGUUGAAUAUCUACAUCAUGGUCAUGUCGCUCCAAUAGUUCAUUGCGACUUAAAGCCAGCCAAUGUUCUUUUGGAUGAGGAUAUGGUGGCUCAUGUUGGUGAUUUUGGAAUCUCUAAGAUUUUAGCUGUCAGCAAGUCCGUGGAACAUACAGAAACAUUGGGCACUCUUGGAUACAUUGCACCAGAAUAUGGCUCGGAGGGAAUAGUGUCUGCUAGUGGUGAUGUUUAUAGCUACGGCAUCAUGUUGAUGGAAGUCUUGACGAAAAGAAGGCCAACAGAUGAAGAGAUAUGCAAUGAAAAUCUUGACUUGAGGAAAUGGAUCACACAAUCAUUUUCAGGGAGUAUGAUGGACGUUGUGGAUGCCAAUCUUUUUUGUGAGGAAGAACAAAUCACUAGUAAAACUGAAAUGUGCAUAGCGUCCAUGAUAGAAUUGGGUUUAGACUGCACAAAGGAAAUUCCAAAAUCAAGAAUAAGCAUGAAAUAA